AGCCUUAACUUCUUCUUUAUUAAAAUUAAAAUUAAAAGUUCCAAUCUUUUUCUAACUUUUAUCCUUUAAUUCGGGAACAUUCGUCCCUUGGUUUAUGGGCGGUUUGUUGGUUUGGUUCCUCGAGAAAGUUGAUUGCUUUCUUGGAAUCUGUCUAUUACCCUUUGUGUCUUUGUUGUGUGUUUAAAGGAUGCUUCUGUGUUGAUUUGUUUUAGUAACUUAGUGAAUUGAGUAAAGCCCCCCCUCUUGAUCAUAAUCAAAGUUCAUAGCUUUUCUUUUUUUUUUUUGCUUCAGAUCAGUUUCUGUAAUGGAGUCUCCACAAUCUGUGGCCUCAACCUUCAAUGGAAUCCACUUGAACGGCAGUGAUGAAAACAUCAUAACAAAGAAAGCUGUCAUCUCCUCUGAUUCAGACAGCUUCAUCGGUGUGCUAGAGGUUUUUGUUCACCAAGCCAGGGACAUCCACAACAUCUGCAUCUAUCACAAACAAGAUGUGUAUGCCAAGCUCUCUCUCACGAGCCAUCCCGAGAGCUCCUUGUCCACGAAGAUCAUCAACGGCGGAGGGAGAAACCCUGUCUUCGACGACACUCUUCAGUUCGAUGUGAAGAGUGUUGAUUGUUCGCUGAAAUGUGAGAUAUACAUGAUGAGCCGCGUGAGGAACUAUCUCGAGGACCAGUUGCUUGGUUUCGCUCUUGUCCCUUUGUCUGAAGUGAUUGUGAGGAACGGGAAGCUGGAGAAAGAGUUCUCUCUUUCUUCGACCGAUUUGUUUCACUCUCCUGCAGGUUUUGUUGAGUUGUCUCUCUCCUACGCUGGAGAGUUCCCUGAGGUGAUGCACAUCCCUGCGGUGGUCCCAACGGUGGAUGAGGCAGAGUUGGGUUCUAUAGAGGUUGAUGAGUCUGAGUUCAUGGAUCCGAAGAUUGUCUGUGAGAACAAUCAAAUGGUGUCUAGUUACUUGGCCACUCCUUGUACUGAUUCUGAUGAGUUUGUGAGCUCUGAAACCGCCUUUGUGGAAGUAAACAGUGCUCAGACUGCAGUUGUUGAAGAAGCAGCAGCCCCAACAAGUACUGACAUCACAAACGGAAUCUCUUCUCCAUCCAUUGCAGUUAGCUCCGGUUCCUCGGGCACUCAUGAUGAUUUAGUACUAUCAAGCAAAGGCAACAACAACAACAACUCAGGUUCAGACAAAGAAGUGAAGAAGAAGCUACCAAGCGAAGAAAACAACUCAGGAUCAGACCAAGGAGAGAAGAGUCCAGCAGAUAUUAUCAAGAAUGGGGAUGGUGAAGAGGUUGUGAAACCGAUUCUGACGGUGAACAUUGAACAACCAGAGCAGAAGGUAGUGCAGCAAGAUAUUGUUGACAUGUACACGAAAAGCUUGCAGCAGUUCACUGAAUCACUGGCGAAGAUGAAACUGCCUUUGGACAUGGAUAGCCCAACACAAUCAGAGAACUCAAGCUCCUCCCAGCAGACCCCAAAGAGCGCCAACUCCCGUGUUUUCUAUGGCAGCAGAGCCUUCUUUUGAAGAAGAAGAAGCUUUCAAGGCAUCAGGAGUAGCAGCAGCAACUAAUGAAAGAAAGUGUAAUAAUAAGUUGAAAGUAGACUUACAUAAAAAAAAUGUGUAACUAUUGCCUUCAGCUUCUCUUGUUAUCUGCAACUUUUUUCUAAUUUAGUACUAAAAUCUUGCAACCU